CCGGCUGUGAUAUCUUAGUUUGUUUGCAUUCGGUUGCAAGAUUUGGAAUCCUUUCGGAUUUGUUUUUGCUGUGUCUGAUGUGAGCUUGCGAGGAUCUUUUUGGGGUGGGGGUUUAAUUGAGGCUUGUCUCUGCUCUCUUGUGGUUUCUACCUAAUCCCAGACUCAUGGAAUAUGACAUGAAUGGGGAUGAGUUCUCCAGUUAAAACCAAUCCUUUUCUUGUUUUUGGCAUAUUAGGCAUUGUUCAGCAUUCGUCCUCAUUGACAUGUUUUUGUUUGUCGAUACAUGUAUUUUGGUAGAGUGUUCGAUGGUUGAAAGAGAAUAUUCUUUAUUUGAUGGCGAAUUUGACGGUAUCGUCUUUGGCUUGCUUUUGAUGGAUGGCUUUCCUCUUUAUACUACAGUAGCAAAAAAUUAGCUUUGCUCUUUCUUUUCCCCCUCCUGGUAAAAGUUGCCUCUUUUUGCCAAAGCAACGUAAAGGAAAACGGAUUGUGGUUCUUCUAGGUGCCAUCGGUUCUUGAUCUGCUCAAAACAAUCUUCUUGCGAUAGAACCACCACUAGUGUUCCUUGAAAACUUUCAGAUCUAGCUGUCACUGUGCGUUUGUGAUGAAUUAACUUGCAGAAAAACUGAUAAGAUCUUAGAAACACAUGCUCGGUGAAGGAAUAAUUGGAGACACUACAAGUGAAAAUAAAAUGGACUUGUCACUAUUCUCAUAGUUGAGAUUUAGUUUCAGCCAUCUCCUCUGCCCAACUGAAAUUGUCCCAGGCCUAACAUAUUCCUGAUAUUUGGAGUUCGAAUCAAGUCAAGUGCUCACAUCGGAUAAUGGAGAGUGUGACAGAACAGUUCCAAUAUGUAGAUAGUCAUGAAGCAAUUGAGUUUUGCGAUCAGCAUGGAGCAUUUGGUUUUACAAGUUCUUCUGGAGAUGCUUAUUCUUGUUAUCAGAACACCAACUCAUUCCAUGAAGCCUAUGGAGAACAGUUGAGUUACCCAAGUACUUUAGGAGGGCAAGCUCUGGCGCCCAAUACUUUGGGAUCUUAUCAUGAACUCAAUUCUCAUAAAAGCAGCAUGAUUGCUCAUGUAGUAGAAACCCCAUUAACUUGUUCUACUGGUGAUUCUAGAGACUUCUACAACUCAUUCCAGAAUACAUCCUUCAUGAGUAGAAAUUCCGCACUUCACCUCACACAACAACAUAAUGCAGCCAUUGUCCAAGCUCAAGUUCAGAUGUCACCUACUACCAAACUGCUAUCAGUUUCUCAUUGUCCAGUAAAUUCAGGUGCAAUGUACUUGAAGACAAAUAGUUGCUCUAACACCAAUGUCAAGCAAGGGCUGUCAUCUGAUUCUCCAUCAUCUAGAAAAUUUGUAUUAAAUGAUUUCAUGCAAAGACCAAGAUCUUCCGAGAUUGUCAAAACUUACAUUUAUGGUGCAGAGAAGUUACCUUCGCCGCUGGGUGAUCUAUCUGGUGGCAAACCUUCUGGCCUUUUGUCCUCUUUUGCUUCAGAACACAUAGAUGAUUUUGCCACUACUGAUCCAGAUUUGAGUCCUGAAAGUUCUUUGUUGUUUCAUUCCAAAGGUGUCCCAGUGACUCGCCAAUGUGAUCAACAAUCCGAGCAUGUUAUUGAUAAUACAACUGCACAAAACAAUGAGAGGGGUGUCAGGUCUAAAUCAUCUGCAGCUAGUUGCAACAUGAUUACCUGGUCAUCUGGUAAGCAAGUUGAGAACUCCAUCUCAGCUGCAGUUAAUUCACUGGUGUUAGAAAAUGAUAGACAGGACAACUCUUCAAUAUCACCUAUGCAACUACUUUCUGACAAUAACUUGUUUGAUGGCAUAGAAUUCGAUAUGAGGCAAAACAACUUUGGGCAUGACUUGUGGGAUGACGUUACAAUGCCAGUUGGCCGUAACAAUUGUUCGAAUCGUAGUGCUGGUACUUCAAAUUGCGUCUCAAUGAUGGAGAUGGCCUCAAUUUCUGGUACCGAUAAGGGGCUCUUCUCAGAGUCUGGUUUUCAACAAUUACUUGAUGCUAUAAACGGUGAUCAUGUUCAUAAAGCUCCUGCUCACAGUUCUGGUGCAAAAUAUGUUCAUCCAAUAUCUGGUUCUGACUUGGAGAAUCAAUGUUCUACUAGUUUGUGUGGUCCUUCAGUGAACAGAUAUCAGGUUCCAUCCGUAGUUCUUCCUCCCAUAAAUGGUACAUCUGGUUUGUUGUUGCCAUACUGUAAUUCUGAGGUUAUUCAUGGAUCUCCAAAACAUGAAGUGUCAAACUCCAACAUCUGUUCAUGGAUUGAUGAUAGCUGCAGUAUGAACACUGAGGGUUCCGUUCUGGAUCAGACCAAGAAGCCUGAAGAAGCUGCAAAAGUUGUUAAGAAAAGAGCAAGACCUGGUGAAAGUACACGGCCGAGACCAAAAGAUCGACAACAGAUACAAGAUCGUCUGAAAGAAUUAAGGGAGCUUGUGCCUAAUGGUGCAAAGUGUAGCAUCGAUGCUUUAUUGGACAAAACAAUCAAACAUAUGCUUUUUUUGCAAAGUGUGACAAAAUAUGCAGACAAACUUAAGCAAGCUGAUGAACCCAAGAUAAUCGGUGAGGAGAGUGGUGUUGUCUUAAAAGACAAUUCUGGUGGUGUUGGUGGUGGUGCAACCUGGGCAUACGAAGUUGCAGGGCAAACAAUGGUCUGUCCAAUAAUAGUUGAGGAUCUCACACCCCCUGGCCAGAUGCUAGUCGAGAUGCUGUGCGAAGACCGUGGACUGUUUCUUGAGAUAGCAGAUAUCAUACGUGGAUUCGGCUUGAUAAUCUUGAAGGGAGUAAUGGAAAUUCGUGAGCGUAAAAUUUGGGCAAGAUUCUUGGUCGAGGCAAACAGGGAGGUGACCAGAAUGGAUAUAUUUUUGUCGCUCAUCCAGCUAUUACAACAAAACAGCUGCUUGCGAUCCGGUGAUCUAGCAAAUAAGAUUAUCGAUAAAGGACCACCAUUGUUCUCUGGUUACCAUCAAUCUCCUAUUGUCAGUUCCAGCUAGUGUAUCUGAGAGACUGCAAAGAAAGAUCUACCACAUGUCUAAAUUAUGGUUAUCCUGGAAAGCACUAUACGGAGGCAGGCAGGCAGGCAGGUAUCGACACCAUGGAAGAUUGCAAGGGUUUGCAGCAACACAAGUGCAUCAAUGAAACGUGGAUCCAGCUAUGGUAUGAUGUGCCCACAGGAUCAUGGGUCUGAUGUAGGAAUUGAGAUAUUAGUUGCUAUUAACCAUGUAAAGUUGUGAACACUCUGACCUUCAGGUAUUAAUCUAACCUGUUUAGAUGA